CGCGCGUGUUUGACUCUAAAGAGCUCCGCCAUGGAGUGGACUUGUGAGUCAGUCAAUACGUCCACACAGUGAACCACACUGGAUACGCACUCGCGUUGGGUGCUGGUUUUAAAAACUGCAACAGCUGAUAGGAACAUAACAACCACUCAGGGCUCUCUCUCCUAUCGCACAAAUCGGAUGAUGUUUUUUCUCCAUGGCUGGAGUCGUCUCCAGUGCCUUUGUAUGCUCCUGACUCUCUCCACCGUCUCCUCCAACACCAUGCCCAACUUUUUGAUCGGAACCGACGGGGCCGAGGGAGUGGGGCUCGGUGUUGGUCUCGGCGGCUUCAUGGCUCCCGGUAACCUGGACGAGAUCAACUCUGGCUGCUGGGACUCGUCUUGCCUCACGGUGAUCCAGACACGGCGGCUGCGCCUAGCGGACAGCCGGGGCGCACUGUGGGAUUUCAUGACAUACCUGCGGGCGUCGCAGAGGCAGAAGCACAACGAGCUGUUCCUAGAGCUCACGCAGCACUUCUGGGCCAUGUAUGUGGACUGCAUGCUGUCCCGCGCGCACGGACUGGGGAAGCGCGGCUUCACCACAACGCUGUCCGAGCUGCGUGUCAUGGAAGUCUCCCCAAAUGACGCACAGAAUAACGCAUAGAACGAGUGUUGUCUUUAUGCACAAGACUAUGCGUAGGGCUACUGCAAGUGUGACAAGAGUUUCAGAUGAACCAUUCUAAUCUACCACCCUCCCGAUCUAGUGUUUUAUUAUUUAGAGUUUUCCGAUAGUUGGCUGAAAAAGAUUGGAUGUGUAUGAACAGUUAUUGGCACCAUGAGUAGCCUAUACCGAGGACAUGGCCUUUAAUAUGGCUCUUUGAAGAGAUAUGUACGUUUGUCAGACAUAUUCAAACCUGAAAAGUUGUCUGAAGUCAAGUUUAUAGCCUAAAUUCAUAUCCCAUCUGUUGUGUGGAACCCCUUGAUAUGCAUUAGGAGAGUCUGCUGCAUUAUCGCCAAAUUUUCAAGAAACUCAAUGUUGCUUUUCAGUAGAUGCGUUGUUAAUCAUUUUGAAAAAAUAACAAUAAACAAAGUCGCACACUU